AUGCUGGUGGGAUCUUGUGGCCCAUCAGUAGAAACGCCGCAAGAUAUGAUAAAGUCCGAGGUGGUUUGGCAUCCCUUGGACGAUUACGUUAUACUGAGUACCUUGGGUCAGGGAACCUACGGUACUGCCCAACUUGGGUACCGAAAGGAUGAUGCUGAACAGGUUGUAAUCAAAAGCAUUGAUAAGGCACGAAUUUUAGUUGAAGCUUGGACUAGGGACCGUCGAGUGGGUCUGAUACCAACGGAGAUACACGUGCUGAAAACACUACAGAACAAUCCGCACAAUAACUGCUGUCGUCUUUUGACCCACAUGGAAGACCAGGAUAAUUACUAUGUUGUAAUGGAACUUCUCGGCGAUGGAAUGGACUUAUUUGAUUAUAUCGAACUGAACGAACACAUGACCGAAAAGGAAAUCAAAAGAAUCUUCCGUCAGACGGCAGACGCUGUUGGACAUCUCCACCAGAACAGAAUCAUUCACCGUGACAUCAAGGAUGAAAACAUCAUUCUCGAUGGUUCUGGGACGGUCCAACUGAUUGACUUUGGUUGUGCAGCAUAUUCUCGAAAGGGAAAAAAGUUUGACACAUUCACGGGAACACUCGAAUACUGUGCGCCCGAAGUAUUAAAAGGUGUUCCAUACGAGGGUCCACCACAGGACAUCUGGAGUCUGGGCAUUCUUCUGUACACCCUCGUCUACAGAGAGAAUCCGUUUUAUUCGAUUGAUGAAAUACUUGAAGGAGAUCUUCGAGUGCCGCCUACCGAAUUUACAGGUAAUUUCAGACAUAUGGGGCUGUUGUUGAAUAUGCUUGAAAGACGGGUAGAAAGUAGAUACACCAUUAAUCAGGUACUGAGUGAUCCUUGGUUAGAGUUGGACCACACUUGA